AUUUCAACUCAUCAGGCUUUGGCCAAGGUGGAGGGUUCAACACACCGCAAGGAGAUGAGAAAAAGAAAAGUGGAAAGCGCAGUAACAACAUUGUUCCAGUCACCAUUGCCCAGAUCCUCACAGCAAAGCACGAGGAUGAUGUCUUUGUGUCCAAAAAUCUUGAACUUUUCCAGAUUACCUUUGUUGGUCUCAUAAAAGCUGUGAAUGAGUCAGCAACAAGAAUUGAUUAUGAGAUUGAUGACAUGUCUGGUCCUCCAAUUGAGGUGCGACACUUCAAUGAAACUGAGGAAAAUGAGGACGGAUCAAACACAACUUCAAAUGCUCUCCCCGUCAACACUUAUGUGAGAGUGAAUGGCCUGGUCAGAGCUUUUGGGGGAAAGAGGAGCGUGAACUGCCACAAGAUUUCUCCCAUUACAGACAUGAAUGAAAUGACGUGCCACAUGCUGGAAGUUGUGUACGCAAAUGCAAAUGCCCAGCAGCAGACAGGGGGGCCUUCUGGGUCUGGUCUCGGAAUGGGCAACUCAACAGAUGCUGGAGAUAAUGGUCAACUGCCUGGAUUAAAUUCCUUACAGUCACAGGUUCAGAUGAUCAUCAGGAGAGAACAGUCAGAGAGAGGUUGCAGCAUUGAUGAGAUCUGUCAAAGUUUACGGAGUAUUGCGCCAAAGGCUAUCAGGGAUGCCAUUGAGUUUUUGAGCGUUGAAGGUCUCAUCUACUCAACAAUUGACGAUGAACACUUCCAGGCCACUGAUGGAUAGGUUUUGCAAGUCUGAUUUGGGAAAACCAAACAUGAACCAGUCUCCGUGAUUUUGCUGAUGAACCUGAAACAAAAGACAAAGUUUGUGUGUAGGAAAUUGGCGUGUUAAGACUUACUAAAGAUGGGUCAUUUCAUUUGGUUUGUUUUUUGUGAACUUUUGUCAUGUGCGCAGCAGCUGUUUUGUAACAUCUAUGAGGCCAUCAUUGUGUUCCUUAUUCACUCAUCAUUAUUAUGUCAACGAAUUUGACUCAUGCGAAAUGUAUCUGAGUUGUAGACAAAGCAGAAGAUGUGAUUAAGGGCUUACAGCACAGGAAAAGAUUUUUAAAGUGGUAUGCGGAACAGCAAAAUAAUAAAGAAGACUCGAUGGGUUCCUCCAACCCAGCCUCUCAAAUGUCUGCAAUUUCAUUUUGCGUCUGCUAAAUAAGAUGUCAGAACGAUGAGAGGGAAAGAGGGAAAUGACCAUGGCUAAAAACGUAAAGAAAACUUCAGUUUUUGCCUCGUCCUUUAUGGAUUCUACUGUUUGGAAAGGUGAACAUGUUCUCACAUAGUUGGGUCAAGGCAUUGAAACAUUUUGCUGUUGUCAAUGGGGAGGGAUGCAGACAAUAAACCUCUUGGGUCAGUAAUUUCUUCAUUCUUUCACGAAAAUUUUAUCCAGUCAAUUCAAGUUGCCCAAAUUGUCCACAUUUGAUAUCAUGUGUAGGAACAUUCUUACUUCUUUUGUUUUGGGUUUUUGUUGUUUUUUUGUUUUUGAGGUGCAUUUUUUCUCGACUGUAGAAUGUCAGCUUUACAUUUGGUCUACCUGACACUGACAGAUCUGGUGAAUAAUGUAUAAGAUAAUUGUGUUUGUUGUUUCCCCAGCAACAGGGGAGGGGUUGGUUUAGUGGAUUUAUUUCCCUUUUUUGCAAUUGUCAUUAUUAUGAUUAUACCCAUAAUUAUUUUUCCUGUCUAGAUGCACUGGCAUAUUUUUCAGUUGAACAAAUCAUCAAUGUUUAAAUUCUGAUUUUCUGAGCAGUCAUUAUUCCUUUGAGAAAAAGUCUUUUGUCCAAGGGAAAAUUUGCUGGAAAGUUAUUUGUGUUCUCUCAGUUCUAAAUCCUUCAAGUGGUUCUAGUUUCCCUAACGUUGGUCAUAUUAUUCAGUCUAGACAAUUCCAGCUCAUGGUCGUCACUGAUUGUAAUUCUUAUGUUGAAAAAUAUAUGUUGCCUUGUUGCCUGUAAUUCUCCAUUUUUAUUACCUAAUAAUUCCUAUUAAGUAGAUCUAUUCUUCUCAUUCGUAAUUUCACUACACACUCCUGGCAAGUGUUCGGUAUUCAUGCGAGGUCCUGCGAGAUCAUUUUGACAUUUUGCUGUUUGCACAGAAUGUGAUAUUAAAUGUACGGUACUACCAAAAAUG